GAAUAGCUAUUCAGUCAGACAGAACCACUUAUCACGUUUUGCAGUAUCUCCUGAGGAAGUCAGAAUCUGAGCCAGCAUGAAGACUGAAUCUUGUCUUUGGUCUGAUUUAUAACUGUGCUUUUAUUCUAACCAUGUGCAAGGUGGAGGUUAUAGCAUGGAAACUAAAACCUUACUUCCUGCUUGACAUAACUCACUUCAAGAAGUGCACAAUGUCAGAACGUGGAAUUAAGUGGGCUUGCGAAUAUUGUACGUAUGAAAACUGGCCAUCUGCAAUCAAAUGCACUAUGUGUCGUGCCCAAAGACCUAGUGGAACAAUUAUUACAGAAGAUCCGUUUAAAAGUGGUUCAAGUGAUGUUGGUAGAGAUUGGGAUCCUUCCAGCACUGAAGGAGGAAGUAGUCCUUUGAUAUGUCCAGACUCUAGUGCAAGACCAAGGGUUAAGUCUUCAUACAGUAUGGAAAAUGCAAAUAAAUGGUCAUGCCACAUGUGCACAUACUUGAACUGGCCAAGAGCAAUCAGAUGUACCCAGUGCUUAUCCCAGCGUAGGACCAGGAGUCCCACAGAAUCUCCUCAAUCCUCAGGAUCUGGCUCAAGACCAGUUGCUUUUUCUGUUGAUUCUUGUGAGGAAUACAAUGAUAGAAAUAAACUGAACACAAGGACCCAGCAUUGGACUUGUUCUAUUUGCACAUAUGAAAACUGGGCCAAGGCUAAAAAAUGUGUUGUUUGUGAUCAUCCCAGACCUAAUAAUAUUGAAGCAAUAGAGUUGGCAGAGACUGAAGAGGCUUCUUCAAUAAUAAAUGAGCAAGAUAGAGCUCGUUGGAGGGGAAGCUGCAGUAGUGGUGGUAAUAGCCAAAGAAGAUCACCUCCUACUACAAAACGAGACUCUGAAGUUAAAAUGGAUUUUCAAAGGAUUGAAUUGGCUGGUGCUGUUGGCAGCAAGGAGGAACUUGAAGUGGACUUCAAAAAACUAAAGCAAAUUAAAAACAGGAUGAAAAAGACUGAUUGGCUAUUCCUCAAUGCUUGUGUGGGAGUCGUAGAAGGUGAUUUAGCUGCCAUAGAAGCAUACAAAUCAUCAGGAGGAGAUAUUGCACGCCAGCUUACUGCAGAUGAAGUACGCUUACUGAAUCGCCCUUCUGCCUUUGAUGUUGGCUACACCCUGGUACACUUAGCCAUACGUUUCCAGAGGCAGGAUAUGCUAGCAAUAUUGCUUACAGAGGUGUCUCAACAAGCAGCAAAAUGUAUUCCAGCAAUGGUGUGUCCUGAACUGACAGAACAAAUCCGGAGGGAAGUCGCUGCCUCUCUUCAUCAGAGAAAGGGGGAUUUUGCUUGCUAUUUCCUAACUGACCUUGUAACAUUUACAUUGCCAGCAGAUAUUGAAGACUUACCCCCAACAGUUCAAGAAAAAUUAUUUGAUGAGGUGCUUGAUAGAGAUGUUCAAAAAGAGUUAGAAGAAGAAUCUCCAAUUAUAAACUGGUCCUUGGAGUUGGCUACACGUUUGGAUAGUCGACUGUAUGCCCUUUGGAAUCGAACUGCAGGGGACUGCUUACUUGACUCAGUACUACAAGCUACCUGGGGUAUUUAUGACAAGGACUCGGUGCUUCGGAAAGCCCUGCAUGACAGCCUGCAUGACUGUUCACAUUGGUUUUACACACGCUGGAAAGAUUGGGAAUCCUGGUAUUCUCAGAGCUUUGGUUUACAUUUUUCCUUAAGAGAAGAACAGUGGCAAGAAGACUGGGCAUUUAUCCUCUCUCUUGCUAGUCAGCCUGGAGCAAGUUUGGAACAGACACACAUUUUUGUCCUUGCCCAUAUUCUUAGACGACCAAUUAUAGUUUAUGGAGUAAAAUAUUAUAAGAGUUUCCGGGGAGAAACUUUAGGAUAUACUCGGUUUCAAGGAGUCUAUCUGCCUUUGUUGUGGGAACAGAGUUUUUGUUGGAAAAGUCCUAUUGCUCUGGGGUACACAAGGGGCCACUUCUCUGCUUUGGUUGCCAUGGAAAACGAUGGCUAUGGCAACCGAGGUGCUGGUGCUAACUUGAACACCGAUGAUGAUGUCACCAUCACGUUUUUGCCUCUGGUUGACAGUGAAAGAAAGCUACUCCAUGUGCAUUUUCUCUCUGCACAGGAGCUAGGUAAUGAGGAACAGCAAGAAAAACUGCUCAGGGAGUGGCUGGACUGCUGUGUGACUGAAGGGGGAGUUCUGGUAGCUAUGCAGAAAAGCUCUCGCCGGCGGAAUCACCCCCUGGUCACACAGAUGGUAGAAAAAUGGCUUGACCGAUACCGGCAGAUCCGGCCUUGUACAUCCCUAUCUGAUGGAGAGGAAGAUGAAGAUGAUGAAGAUGAAUGAAGAAAAACUUAUGGAGCAGAAGACCAAGGCAUCAGAAUCUGUGAUGACCCCCAAGUUAGCUUGGUGCUCCAAGCAGAGUAUAGCAUGAAAUGAACCAAAUCUGGCAGGAUCUGCUCAGAAGUAUUUUUCUGAUCCACACCCAGUGGAGAUAAUUAAUGCAUCUGCUGCAUGAGGAGACAAGAGAACUGGUUGAACUACAGUUUGUAUAAAACAAAAAAACUAA